AAAGAGUGUGUCAGAGAGGGAGAGGAAGAACACAUAAGCAAGCUGGUUUGACCAGAAACAGAACUGCCUGUGACAGAUUAAGAGACAAGGAAGGCUUGGAAUCGGAGAGCGAGCAGGGAGAGUGGAAAUUUACAACUGCUCUGUGAGAGUGUUCAAGUGAUCGUUUUCUGCUAACAGUUUUCCGGAGGUAACUGUUUCUUCAGAGAGAGACACAGAAAGUCAAGACAGAAUUGUGCAAAGUCUCUGCCAUGCUUUGGUAAUAGGAGGCAACCUCUAUUAAAUGGAAUAUAAAAGCUACUUCGGUUAAAGUGCUUUGAAACCAAGAGAGCUGUCUUCAGCACCUCACCAUGUGUCUGCUUUUUGUCGCUUAGACAAGCCUGGGUGUUUCUGUAACAUUUGCAUUCCAUAUUGGAAGAAGUGAUUUCUAUCUGGGGGGGAAAAUGCCUUUGUUUAGCAAAUCACAGAAAAAUCCAGCAGAAAUUGUGAAAACUUUGAAAGACAACAUGGCUAUUUUGGAAAAGCAAGACAAAAAGACAGACAAGGCCUCAGAAGAAGUGUCAAAGUCACUACAAGCAAUGAAAGAAAUUCUGUGUGGUACCAAUGACAAGGAGCCCCCAACAGAAGCAGUGGCUCAGCUGGCACAGGAACUCUACAAUAGUGGGCUGCUGGUGACCCUCAUAGCUGACCUGCAGCUGAUAGACUUUGAGGGAAAGAAAGAUGUGACCCAGAUAUUUAAUAACAUCCUGAGAAGACAGAUAGGCACUCGGAGCCCUACUGUGGAGUACAUCAGUGCUCAUCCUCAUAUCCUAUUUAUGCUCCUGAAAGGAUAUGAAGCCCCACAGAUUGCCUUACGUUGUGGGAUGAUGCUGAGAGAAUGUAUUCGACAUGAGCCACUUGCCAAAAUCAUCCUCUUCUCUAAUCAGUUCAGAGAUUUCUUUAAAUAUGUGGAGUUGUCAACAUUUGAUAUUGCUUCAGAUGCCUUUGCCACAUUUAAGGAUUUACUAACCAGACACAAAGUGUUGGUAGCCAACUUCUUAGAACAAAAUUAUGACACUAUUUUUGAAGAUUAUGAAAAAUUGCUUCAGUCUGAAAAUUAUGUGACUAAGAGACAAUCUUUAAAGCUGCUAGGUGAGCUGAUCCUGGAGCGACACAACUUUGCCAUUAUGACAAAGUACAUCAGCAAACCUGAGAACCUGAAACUGAUGAUGAACCUUCUUCGAGACAAAAGCCCCAAUAUUCAGUUUGAGGCCUUUCAUGUCUUUAAGGUGUUUGUGGCCAGUCCUCACAAAACACAGCCUAUUGUGGAGAUCCUAUUGAAAAAUCAACCCAAACUCAUUGAGUUUCUGAGCACCUUCCAGAAAGAAAGGAUGGACGACGAGCAGUUCACUGACGAGAAGAACUACUUGAUUAAGCAGAUUCGAGACUUGAAGAAAACCGCCCCUUGAAGACAGAGCCAACGCCAGUCUAGUCCUUCCUCUCAUUCACUCAGUUUGUUCAAUGAGUGUCAUUUCAGCAAGUAAUCAUUCUUGGCUAGGCUUUGGAGGUGCCUGUUUUCUCCUCAAUCCAUUGUUCAGGGUAGAUGGAACAUAAAUGUUUGAAUG